AUGAGCCCUAGCAAGUACAUUUUGACUGCACCGGAUGACUUACAUCCUUAUGUACCUGUCAAUGAGAGUCAUCAGAACCCAGAAUACCCAGAUUUUGAACCUUGGAAGCACACUAAAGAAGAGGAUCAAAUAUUGCUGAACUUUGUGGCAAAAGGUUUCUACACAACUUCAAAGGUAAAUUUUGAAAGUAUAUCAGCACGCUCCUCACUGCAAGAAUCGUUACCAAAACUAUCUGAUCAACUAGCAGAUCAGUUUUCUCGAGUACUUCGUAUCAGAGAGGAAGAAAUAAACCGGAUACCUGCUACUGAUGGCAGGUCUCAGCCUUCAUUCAACGAACUCUGUGGACCUGGAUUUUUAUUACCCAGCAGAGUUACUUUAACAGAACAUAGAAGAGAACUAUGGCUUCAAGAAUUAGGUUCAUCCUUUGCUUCAUUACCUAAGCUCUCCAAGCAUAUCCCCCAUGGUCUCAAGAGAAGACAGGUUCUAGAACAAUGUUGUGCUAAGCAAAUACCGUUGAAGAGAGCCAUUUGGUUGAUCAAGUGCUGCUAUUCGAUGGAGUGGAAGAUCAAAACAUCAAAGAGCAAGGAUUCGGAAGAUGGAAGAACUCUGCAACCACUACUGACAAAGGAAUGGACCGACAAUUUUGUUUACAUACUUGAGAAGCUCAUCUUUGAAAUGGUCCAAUAUGACAGCGACCCAGCUCAACUUAAGCGCUGGAGAGCCGAGGUUGGCUAUUUUUUGAAACUACUUGGAAACUGCUAUACACUUGAGCUAAUAGAUAAGGAGGUAUUCCACCACUGGCUGGUUGAGUUUGGUGCCAAGGUCAAAAAUUUCGAGUUUCUUCCACUGACGCUUCACAUUUUGAUGGUGUUCUGGGAAGGUAUUUGCGGCUCAGGUAAAGGAGAAGGUUAUAAUGCGCAACCGCUUUUUCUGGUCUCCAAAGUUACCGAAAUGCUAUUAAGCAAAUACCACAUGGUAUCACAAAAUAAGUCAAUGAUCAAUGACGAGAAGUAUAUUAUCAACGAUAUCAAGAAAAAUGGUAAAAUCAAAGACUCAAUUCUUUCAACAUUAAAGAUGUUGAUACGCAGAGUAUUUGAGAACAACUCUUUGGAAGCCUUUAUUUUCUCUCACUCUAGCUGGGACCUUUACAAGCCAAUCUUAUAUGAUAUUACCAGCACAGCUUCUAAUGAAUGCCCAGAGCUAACUAAUGAGACCCGUAAAAAACUGGAGCUCAUUAGUUACCGAAAUGAAUCAUUAAGAAUAAGAAAGCCAUUAGUUCCAGCAGAAAAUGGCGGGGAGGAUACUGAGCCAAGUGGGUCAAAUAUUUUGAAACUGCGAUCGGUCGACAUUGACCUCACAGCGAAACUUGAUGACAAUCCUGUUGAUUUCGAUUGGGCGUCCUACCUCGACCGAAACAUGCUUCAUGUAACCCAAAUUCGACAACUAUUCUUCUGGGCGAUACAUCCAUCACGCACUACGCAUUACGAAGCCAAUCAACUAGUAGCCAAAAUUAUACUUUUGAAGAUCAACACCGUUGAGGCCUUCCAAGAGUAUGCAGUCGAAGAUGUCAUCUGGUCUUUAGUAUUUCAACUAGCAAAGUUAGACAGAUCGACCAGAUCCAUGACGGUUGCGUUGCCUUCAAUGUACCGCCUGCUCAACAUACUCAUAACAUAUGGGAUCUUAAAGGUACCUGCGUAUAUUCGAAAGCUCAUAAGUUCUGGUAUCCUCUACUUACCGGAAUCCAACGACAAGCUUGUUCACUGCGAUGUUCUGAUAAAUCUCAAGAUAUCUCCUUUAAUGAAAAGCCAAUACAACAUGGUGCUUAGGAAUGUUAUGGAGUAUGAUCCCUCAUACUUUGAGAAGUACAAUUUUGACAUACUAUUAGAAAAGGCGGAAAGUCUCAAGCAGGUCAUUUCUGGAAAAGAAAAUCCAGAUAUGGGGGAAUACCCACUGAACAUCAAAAUAAUGACGGCAGAAUGGUACUUGACAAGAAUUUGCUCCGGUGGCCCCACGUCGGUUGAUAAAUCAACUCUCAUAAAGAACUUCCAAAUUUUUUGUGUGCGGUUGGAUGCCACCCAUUACUUCUACAAAUGGAUUGAAUUUAUUGUCUACCAUCAGCUACUGGACAGUAUCGAGGCACUAGAAGCCUUGAUGGAUAUAAUGCUUUGCUUUGGUAAGCUCUUUUCUCAAUUCAUUAAUGACCAUAUUCUUUUUACAAAGACUUUCAUCCUCAUUUACACGAAAGAUCUGAAGAACAAGGACCCAAACGCCUAUGCAGUGACAUCUUUCAUGCCAUUUUGGAAGUUUUUUAUCAAGAAUUUCUCAUCUGCUUUAAAUAUUGAUGAAGAUUUACGGACUGAGCUUUCGGCAGUCCACGAGGAAGAGAAGGCAAAAGUUGAAAGAUUGGGCAAAAACAAGCAGGAUGCAUUGAAUGUGUACUUGGCUCUCAAUGAGCAGGCACUCAAAAACGUAUCUUGGAACUUUACAGAGAUCUUUCAAACAAGCCUGAGGGGCUUCUUGGAGGGUAAAGAUAUUGCUAGUCAGCGGCGCCCUAGAGGUAACCUUCUACUCCUGAUGAGUACUAAUAUCAAGGAGUACAAUAAGUUCAUGUCGAUUUUUUUGAAGAGGAAAGCAUUCAAGCGAGAAAAUUUGUUAAAUCUGAUAGCAUCAAAGCUCUUGACAUUUGAGCAGGUUCAGAAUGUCCUUGAUUUAGCGACGGUUUUGAAUUUACUACCAAUUGACAGCACCGAGCAUGGACUUUAUUUUGAAUAUCACAAAGAGCAGUACAUCCUGAAUAAUUUCGAAACUGUUCUUGUUGCCUGCCAAAAAGACUUUUCUCAUUACUAUGGGACCUUUUUGGAUGUCCUUCUGAAAUAUGGAACCAGAUCUAAAUUUGCUUCUGUCUCAAAUAAGAUGAUAGCGAGAGUGCUGAAGAACAAUCCUGUUACUCACAAUCAAAUAUUACAGGAUAUGCUCCUCUACGGCGUGUCUAAGGAAGAAGAGGACGACGACAGUACUAUUGAUGAACCAAAGGCAGCAGCUUUGUACUCCAUGCUUAACUUCACCAACCUAUGGAUCUUUCAGGCCUACACAAACUAUCAAGUUGAAUUAAUUAGCAAUUCGGAUGCCUCGUCACUGGGAACAUUCCUCUUUGAAGUUCUCGAUUAUUCUAGUUUGAACUGUCUUUGCGCUCAUAUCUUUGAUGAGAUUGCUAAACCGCAGGUAUUACUGGCUAUCAUACAGAUAUUCGAGCAUAAUUUCUUUGAGAGAUGCAAGUUUGAUAGCGACUCCAAUAAAACCUAUAUGAAUGUCGUCAUAGAGAUCAUCACAUCGCUAUCUCAAAAGCUCCAAGGUGAUGUUAACAUAUCAGACCAUAGUUUCGAGCUCCUCUCGAGAGCGUUUGAUCAGUUCACGUUGCUGGACGAAGAAACUUUGACAGCAGUUGAACUUCAAUUUGAAAUAACGUUAAAAAUAUUCACCAUACACCAGAAUUCAAUCUUUCAGCGAAUUGUAAGUUCAAUUGAGAACAGAGGUCAUGACGGAGCAGGAAGGUUGAUCGAGGGUACUUUCAAACUCUUUGACGAGACUACUUCAAACUUAAGGUUGAAAUUAAUGCUAUAUGAAUUAUUGAGCUCAAUGAAAUCGUAUUGUAUUUAUGCCUCAACUACGACGACCAAAUUCAAUACACCAGCAAAACUACUCAACCUACCGCCUUUCCAAAUUUCAUCGUUCAUCAGGAAGACAGGAAAGACCGAUGCUGACGAGAAAGCCGACCUUGGGUUGCAAACCAUUGACCCCAAAACUGAAGAUGGGUCAGACAGAUGGUUCUUGUUUGACAAGAAGGAAUCCUCUUAUGUCUGCAAGUUGCACUGUGAGCCUUACCAUUUGAUCAAUAAUUACCAGUCAGAAGGAAUAAGUUCGUUCAACAAUUCGUGUUUGAAUCUGAGUUUAUUCAAUGCAUGCUUCGAGAAAAAAAAUCCUAGCUAA